AUGAUGAAUAUAUUGUACUUUUUCCCCAUAUUAUUAUUAAUAAGUUUACUACAAAAAAGUGGUGUUCAUUCGCAAGGAACCGAUUGGUUGUGUGAAUCAUUGAUAUGUGAUGCGCCGAAAAAAUGUUUGAUUGUUGAUGAGGUGAGAAAUAUGGGGAUAGAGGAAGGAUAGGUUCGAGAAGACGAAAAUUCAGGACUCAAUUCCUAAUAUGAGAUAUUUUUGUAAGUGGCAAAGUUCUAGGGAUUUUAGGAGCUGAAACACAAAUUAAAUCGGAUAGAUUUUGUUCAAAUUAGGCCCGAAAAAUAUGGGACGUAAUCAUUUAAAAAAAAAUUGUACACCAAAAAUUAAAUAAUUAAAAUUUGGGCGUACCAAAAUUUUUCUAUGUAAUUUUUGGUACAUUCUCAUGAAUUCGGCCCCAAAGUCCAAUUUUUUUUUGGAAAAAUGCUCAAAAAAUCGUAAAAUUCUCAAAAUUUAGUCCAAUUUUAAAUUCUCUCAAAAAUAGAAUUCAUAAAAGCUGAACGAAAAAAUUGCGUUCAACAUAAUUAUCGGAUAAGUCUAGAUAAGUCAAAACUGAAAAAAAACUUGUAUCUCAUAAAUUUUAUAUCUCACAAAAAGCUUCGAAACAGCCAAAAAACAAAGCAGGUGAUUUCAAUUUAAACUUUUUUCUUGGCUCACUAAAUUUUCAGAAUAACAAAAAAUGUCAUGCGAAUAUGCAAUUAUAAAUGAUUUUCAACAAAUCAAUAUUCAAUUACUUCUGAAUUCAAUUGUCUUGAUUUCAACCAUUCUAAACUAUUUCGCAAUUUUUAUAAUUAUAUUUCAUUCGCCAAAAGAGAAUCGAUUUUAUCGAUUAUUAUCAGCAAUUUCAAAAUUUUUGUUACAUUUUUCUCAAACUUUUUGGGCUUGUUUUUUAAAUCUUAUAUUUCUAUUUCCAUUUCCAGCUGUCUAUAUUACAGGACUACCAUUUUUCAUAGAAAAUAUUGAUCUAAAAGUGGUAAUUUUCGCACAAAUAUUAAUUCAUGUGAAAUUAUUUCAAAUUUCCAGAUUAUUUGGAUCCUGGGAUUUUUGACAUUUAUGAUAGUAAUGUUCUCUCAAAUGUUCAUGAGAAUUUACCUGGUUUUAAGAAAAAAUAGUAUAUUUUAUGUUCCUUUUCAUUUUCUUCUACGACUAUUGCCAUUAGCUAUUAUUAUCAGUUAUAUUAUAGCCGUUCUAUUUUGGAAAUUAAUUUUCAUGCCAAAAUCUCAAAUGAUAAUUUAUAUAUCAGAAAACUAUUCGAAUUGUCAACUUGUUUUUGAUAAAAUUCAAAAUCUUUUAAUUUUCGACUACUCGUUUUUAUGUGCAACGUUUAUAGUCAUUUUUGUCGGAACUUUUGCAGCAGUCAUAGUUUGUGAAAAAUUUUGAGAUCGAUAGAUAUUUAUGAAUAUUUUCAGAUACAAGCCACAUUCACUUUUAUAAUUUUAUAUGAAUUGAAAAAACAAAUAAGUGUGAUGAGUAGAAUAAAUAAAAUUCAUCAUAAAAAAGCACUUCUCGAUUUAACAUUACAAUGUCUAAUCAAUGGACUAUUUAUAUUGCCAUGGUUUCUCAAUUUUAUCAUCUCAUUUUUUAUGAAUCCAUCAUUUAAUGGACAUUAUAUUUCAAUAUUUAUGAAUGUUUUAUUUAUAACAUCUCCGAUUCCAACAGCACUUCUUCUAAUUUAUAAACAUCCGAUCGUCCGAAAACCAAAAACUAAUUUGAAACCGAAAUUGACUAAUAGAACUUUGAUUCUAUAGAAACAGCGAUUUAUUCAGAUAACUAAGGAAUUUCCUGAACACGGAAAAUUCAAGAAGCAUCAAACAUUUUUACAGGUAGCACAAUGCCUUCUUGACACUUCAACAAGUCCUCAAACCCCAACGCCUUUCGGCACAAUAAAUGGUGGUCAACCAUUAUUCCCUAAUUUCCUCUCCGGCGCAACUACUACCCAACUUCCAACAUUGAUUCCUGAUAGCUUGGCUCCAACUCCAGCCAUCACAAUUCCACCCCCAACAACUACAACAACACCCUCACCAUUCGCACCAUUCCUCAAUUUCUUCAAUCCACCUCCAGGCGGUGCAGCUCCAACUCUACCAACACUUCCACCAUUCACCCUACCAACUGCAGCUCCAACAACGACUCAGGAGCCCGUUGAUAUUUGCACACUUCCACCGGUUACUGGAUCGUGUGGACGAGCAAGAAUUAUGUGGUAAGACAGAAAAUUCCGAGCUUCAGAAUCCCAGCUUCUUCCUUCAGGUAUUAUGACACGGAAACUCGGAGAUGCGAGAGAUUCAGUUGGAGUGGAUGUGGGAAUGAGAAUCGAUUUUCUAGUAAAAUGCAAUGCGAACAAACUUGCUCACAAACUUCACUAUUUCGAAGAAGUCCAUAA